CCCUCCCAUCUCCGCGGCUCCUCCGCUCUCCGUCACUCUGCGCUAUUUCUCCCAGACUCGCUCCUGGUGUGUGUGUGUGUGUGUGUGUGUGUGAACUGCCUUCUCUCCCCAGUUUCGCUGGUAAACUCCGCUGCUCUCCGCCCAGCGCCGGCUGCGGGUGAAGCGUGCGGAUCUCCGCGCUUUCCAUGUGGCUCCCCGCGGACACCAGCGUCGGUGUCUCGCCUGCUGCUAAACCAUUCGGAGCCGCUAACCUUUCCCAACGAGGCUGCCAACUUUGCCGAGCUUUCGUUGCUGGGGCACCUCUAAUUCUGCAAAAAGUGACCCUGUGGCACGUUAACCGUGAGUCGGAUCAGCGCAGCGGGAUUAGACAACCCAUUUCACAGCGCAACGAGGAUUAAGGGCAAAGGUCAAGAGACGGGGAGCAUCAGCCACCCACUGCAUUCUGCUCAUUGAGACUUGCCCACAGAUCUCCAAUUGGACAGUCAGAAGCCUUGUCAGAAGCAAACAUCAGCAAUGCCUUUUGGCUGCAUAACACUUGGUGAAAAAAAGGACUAUAACAACCCUUCAGAUGUGACGGACAAAUAUGAUUUGGGACAAACAGUCAAGACGGAGGAGUUCUGCGAAAUAUUACGGGCAAAAGAGAAAUCAACCGGAAAAAUGUACACUUGCAAGAAGUUUUUAAAGAAAGAUGGAAGAAAAGUUAGAAAGGCGGCAAAAAAUGAAAUUAUGAUUUUAAACAUGGUGAAGCAUCCGAACAUAUUGCAGCUGGUUGAUGUCUUUGAAACGCGCAAGGAAUAUUUCAUCUUCCUGGAACUCGCCACAGGUCGGGAGGUUUUUGACUGGAUUCUGGACCAAGGAUACUAUUCGGAACGGGAUACCAGCAAUGUGAUCAGACAAGUACUGGAGGCUGUUGCCUAUCUGCAUUCCCUCAAGAUUGUGCACAGAAAUCUGAAGCUGGAGAACUUAGUUUAUUUCAAUCGCCUAAAAAACUCCAAGAUUGUAAUAAGCGACUUUCACCUGGCAAAGUUGGAGAAUGGGCUGAUCAAAGAGCCUUGUGGCACACCGGAGUAUCUAGCUCCUGAGGUUGUUGGACGACAGAAAUAUGGACGGCCAGUUGACUGCUGGGCUAUUGGAGUGAUCAUGUACAUACUGUUAUCAGGGAACCCACCUUUCUAUGACGAAAAUGAUGAUGAAGAUUAUGAAAACCACGAUAAGAACUUAUUCCGAAAAAUUCUGGCUGGAGACUAUGAAUUUGAUUCCCCGUAUUGGGAUGACAUUUCAGAUGCAGCAAAGGAUCUGGUGAGUCGCUUGAUGGAGGUUGACCAGGACUCCAGGAUAACAGCUCAAGAGGCCAUUAAUCAUGAGUGGAUUUCAGGAAAUGCUGCUUCAGACAAGAAUAUCAAAGACGGUGUCUGUGCUCAGAUUGAGAAAAACUUUGCCAAAGCGAAAUGGAAGGUACUUGAAAAAGCGGUGAGAGUAACGACGAUCAUGAAACGCCUCCGGGCGCCUGAACAGAGCGAGACGGCCAACGCCUCCCCGGCCUCAGCGCCCGCUCCCCAGGGGGAACCCGAGAACAAGGCCGCCAGUGGCACUGCUCCCCCGGACAGUCAGACGGACAACUCUGCAAAGGUCGGCGUAACAGCUAAAGCCUCCCCCAGGUGUAACGGAGAAGCGGCCAGCCCUCACAAACCCGCCGCUGAAGCAUGGGAGGAGCAAAAUGGCUGAAUCGCACUGGCUUGCGCAGUGAACUUAUUGUGUAAAAUAGAAAGUAGUUCAAAAUUUUUAAAGAUUAUUAAAAUGGCAGGCACGAUCAAACCGAUCAUAUACAUUAAUAAAAAAUUCAAGGUGUUAUUCAGAUGCAACAAUUGCCGCAGUUAAAUCCAGCAAGGCAUGUGUUAAUAGGUUUGUGAAAUUUUGAAGCAAUAAUUGGCAUCUGUGGGUACCAUUUUUGCAAAAGUGGAAAACCGGAAGUAAGAACUAUGGCCAAAGCUUGUAUGUGCCAGUCAUCUUGUAUGCCACAUGGACUAUUAUUGUGUUAGAAAAAAUACUUACAUCACAACUUUUACUUUAAAACCACAUGCUGCAUAUUGGCUUCUUGCAACACAUCGAAUCCCACUUCGGAGCAGUCUGCAGUCACACCUUGCUAGAGCUGUUUAAUAUCUGGCUGCUUCGAGUAGACCUGCCGUCCAUACUUUUCCUAGGUUGUGCUUCUGUUUGAGAGAUUUGCCCUCUGCCCUCUGCCCCCUGUGCUAGAAAAGGCAGGUGCCCUGCCUGUGAUUUCCCACCGAGGAAUCGGACAAGCAACCUUGCUCACAGCCAUAGCCAGCUGGCCAUGCUCCCAACUAUAAUCAUGAAGGCAGAAUCCCAACCUCCCGAACUCUGCAGUGUGGAAUCUGCCCUGUAGAAAAUAACUGUAUGUCGGUCACCCAUCAGAAUCACCAGCUCAAGGUAGACAGAUUGACACCUCUGGUAAAAUACCAGAGAGCAGAAUUUCAGCUGACUUUAAAUUCCACAGCUCUGUUAAAAAGCACCUCCUUACUUCAAUAUACAUCAUUAUCCCCAGCAGAAUUUGCACAACCCACAAGACAUUGAAGUAUGGCAGUGUUUAUUAUUAGUUUUGAACUCAUCCACUUUCCCAAGGAACACAAAAGCAUAUUUUUUUUGUUGGUUGAAAUAUUAUUCAUUGUUGUGCCUAUUGUAUCAUUGUGCCAAGCGCUCAACAUCAAAAUUAGGUGGACUCUCAAUAAUCCAUCAGCUUUCAUUGCCUGCCAUGGACAUGCUGACAAACAGAAGUUGUAGUAUAAGUCAACAGUACCUAAUAUUGUGUUCCCACUAUUAUAAGACAACAGUACAUAACAUUAUGUUACCAUGUCACAAAUGUUCUUUAAUUCAUGCCCUGCAAUAUAGAUUUUAAAGGCAAUAUUUUUGGCAGAUGUACUAUGAUUGAAACUGUAUGUACUUUGAAAGCUUUGGGGUGGUGUUGGUAGACAGAGGCAGAAAGGGCAUUCAGUGCUUUAUAGUGUUAACUUUAUAUGCUGGUAAUAGUAGAGCAUUAUUUUAAGCAACGCAGUUCUUUUGUGUAAAAAUUCUAGAUGGCUUGCUUGGGAGUACUUUAAAAACUUUUGGUCUAUCUGUGCCCUGGCACAGACUGAAGGCACACAGAUUAGAAGCUGCUCAGAGUUAUCUCCAAACUGGUAAACUGCGGAAACUUUCAAACAAUGAAAAAAAAAUUUAAGUAAUUUAAAAAAAAGCUAAAUUUGUAACAAUGUGUAUGUAUUUGGAAAUAUAUUUGUUAAGAGAUUAAAAUAUCAGUGGCAGAAAUGUGCAGAUUCUUCUGUGCUGCAGAGAAGUCAAGGCACACAGAGCAAGUCUGUUGCAUGCGAGCCGAUUUGUAACAUGUACAAGUAGUUGCAUGCUUAUAUUUUGUCACACUAACACGGUGGGGUUAACAUGGUGUAAUUUAUUGUGCUGUAACAUGUAAAAUAAUUCAGGUCAAUUUUAAAAGAUGGUUUGAAAAUCGCUGAAGAAUUUAGGCCUGUAAUUUGAACAACUGCUGAUUGAGGAAAAGGUAUUUUGGCUCUUAAAAAAUAAACAAAAAAAUCUUU